AUACUUUUACAGACGUACCACUCCCUUGUCCAUGUAGCAUAGUAGCGCCUUGACAAGAGUCGUUUGAUUCCUAGAUCAAUUAUAUUUUAUCCUUCCUUACGUGACUUCAAAAGGCUAAAAAAAAUGAAAUCUCGAGACCAUCCUAACGAAGAGAUUCCUCUGCACCCUCCGUCUACCGUGGUGAAACCUGACAAUUCGAGUGAUUCAAAAGGAUGGUUUUUAAGCCGAACAAAACUGAUAAUAAUGGCAGUGCUGUUUAUUAUUUUGGUCAUCAUCAUAAUUGUGCUAGCAGUUUUGUACGGGGUAGCAACAGCCACAAAGCGCGAAGUGCUGGAAAAACCUGACGAGAACGCCACCGAGCCAUCCACAGCAAUGCCGACCCCCAUUGUCCCCACCACCCCUGGUACCGAGGCAUGGUGGAAUCCACGUCUACCUACGAACAUCAUCCCCAAACAUUACAACCUGUUUCUGAACAUCACUGUUGACCUGCCUCGAUUUGAUGGUCGUGUUGGAAUUGAUAUCGAGGUCAACAACAACACUGAUCUUAUCAUCCUGCACAAUAAUGGCUUGAACGUCUCGUCAGUGCAAGUACUCAGUAAAUCCGAAAAUAGGAUCAUGAAGGUCAAGAAUCAUUUUCCAUUCGAAAAAUACUUUUACCAUGUAAUCCAAAUGUCUUCAGAGCUUCAAGAGGGACCAUACCUGCUGAAGAUCACUUUUCAGGGUUUCUUUCAAAGCAUGAUUUCAGGGAUGUUUCGUAAAAGUAUUACUCGCCCCAAUGGACAGAAGGCCUUUAUUGCUGGCACUCAGUUUCAAGAAACGUACGCACGUAAAGCAUUUCCAUGUUUUGACGAACCUGCCCUCAAAGCCACAUUUAAUACCUCUAUCGCUCAUCGUGCUGAUUACGUCGCGCUGUCCAACAUGCCUAUCUACAAGACUGAGACAAUUAAUGGACAGAAGAUUGACUACUACGAGAAGACCGUUACCAUGUCAACGUAUCUAUUAGCAUUUGUAGUAGGGGACUUUAAAUAUGUGGAGACGAUUAGCAAGAACAACAUCAAGAUCAGAAUCUAUAGCCGUCCAUCUUAUCUUAAUAAAACUCACUAUGCAUCGAGUAUUGGUGGGAAAAUCUUGACUUUCUUCGAAAAUUAUCUUGGAGUUCCAUAUCCACUGUCCAAAGAAGAUCACGUUGCCGUGCCACAGUUUGGUACAGCAGCGAUGGAGAACUGGGGACUAAUUAUUUAUGGAGAGGAAGUAUUGUUAUGGGAUUCAAAGGAGUCGACAGAGAGAGAUAAAAUGACAGUGACCACGCUCAUGGCCCAUGAAAUCGCUCACCAGUGGUUCGGUAACCUUGUAACUUGUAAAUGGUGGGACGAUCUGUGGCUGAAUGAAGGAUUUGCUUCUUAUUUUGCUGACACUGGGAUGACAUCUGUUAUACCGUCGUGGAAAAAAGAUGAUAGAGUGUCAAGUAGCUUGACUGGGCUGCUAGAAACUGACGCCGAACUGUACUCGCAUCCUGUUAAACUUGACGCAAAGAGCCCGGAUGAGUUUUUCUCCUCUAUAAUAUACAACAAGGGAUCUCGUGUGAUUAGUAUGCUCGAAGGAUUUCUUGGAAAUAUCACUUUUCUUGAAGGAUUGAAGAUUUACUUCAAAAGGCACGCAUUUGCCAACGUCGAGUCUGAUGAUCUGUGGAGGGCAAUGACUGAGGCUAGCUGUGCGCAAGGGAAGUGCGUUGAUGUCAAGCAAAUCAUGGAUACAUGGAUACUACAGAUGGGUUACCCUGUGUUGACGUUCAAGAAAAUCAACUCAACUCACUAUUUGAUCAGCCAAAGGCGCUUUCUGAUGGACGACAAGGCUAACCUUACAGCUUUAGCCUCCAAGUCACCGUUUGGGGAUUCAUGGGUAGUUCCAUUAUCAUAUGCCAUCGAAAAUCAGUCCAGUAGUCAUUUUACUUGGAUGAACAAGUCGUCAAGUGUUAUUAAGUGGGACGGUAAUGGUUGGAUAAAAGCAAACUUAGGGCAUAAAGGCUUCUUUAUUACAAAUUAUGAAGAAGAAAACUGGAAAGCUUUGGCCAUGCAGCUCAAACGACAGCAUACGGUCUUCAGUUCUUCCGGAAGAGCUGGACUUCUUGUGGAUGCAAUGUUGUUAGUAAAAGUCAAUAAGCUGAACAUUUCCACGGCCCUUAGGUUGACAGAAUACAUGGAGAAAGAAACAGAAAUAGAUCCUUGGGAAGUCUUCUUCCAGAUUAUGUCAUUCCUCAGUGGCAAAUUACCAAAAGAAAGCAAUGCUUACAAAUAUCUCAUGAAAUACAUGGCAUUUCUUGGAAAGAAUCAGUACGAGAGACUUGGUUUUAACGAUGUUGGUACUAUGAUCGACAAAAUAAAGCGAGAGUAUUUCCUUUCACUAUUUUGCAAAGUCCAAGACAAGACCUGCAUUGGUAAUGCUACAGAACACUUCCAGGCAUGGAUGGAGGAUCCCAAGAACGUUGAGUACGUACAAUCGUCUGUUAGUCAGUCAUUUACGCGGCCAGUAGGCCAGUCAGUCAGUCGGCCA